AUGCUUGUUCUUUUCGCAUCGCAGGAGGCUGAGGGUGACGUACCAUUCGAACAGGAGCGUGACUCGGUUGAAGAUAUGCCGCUCCGUCUAUGUCACGGUCCCAAUCUCUCGUGCUUGACGAUGAUUGGAAUAUUGACGGCAAUUGAGACCUCAGAAACAUUCGUGCCCCCCAACCUUUGCAUAUCCCGGGAUUUGAAUUUGGAUUUGGACUCUAUCGAGAAGUUCGAUGCCAUCGUACUCCACAAUCUACGCGCGGUCGAGGGGAUAUAUUCUUGGUCAUCCGACUCUCCUGAGUUUGCAUGCUCACCUUGUUACCCUUCCAUCAUCCACUUCAUCCGUACGGUUUCAACAUUGGCCCCUACGAGUCGUGUUAGCUACUCGAAUCAAGGUUUAAUAUCCAAGCAAUCGGCGGUUCAAUCUGGCAGCAACCGUCUUUCUGAAAAUAUCAUCAGUGCGCUGCAUACGAACAUCGCACUCGUAUAUGAGAAUAAUGAUGAACCGGAUUUGUUUAAGCUCGCCCAUUCAAGUGAUCACCCGUACUCCUGCAUAGCUUAUCAUAUCAACAACUCUGUCAUUGAGUUUGAAGACCGACCUGGUAUCAGGGCCAUCAUCAAAGAACGCCAAGAGCAGAUCUAG